GGUAGGCGGCUCGGUCUUCCGGGGCCGGGCAGCAGCGGCGGUACUCGGUGCUCCGAGCACUUCUCGAGUUACUGCUACUUGUACCCGUCGGAGCACUUGUGUGCUGUCGCCGCCUGCCACCGACCGGCCUUUUUCACGGGAGCUCGGCUUUGUCGUCGUCGGCGGGAUGGAGCUGGACAAAAUGGACGAGAACGACUGGCGGUACCACGGCGAGGGGAACAAGAGCCUGGUGGUCUCACACGUACAGCUCUCCAGAGUUCUGCGUCUGCUCAAGUAUCCGGCCGAGGACUCUGAAAACCCACCGCAGACACCGGAGCAGGCCUUCAGGCAGAUCCAGAGCAUCGUUGACUUCAGCUCCAAAGUGAUGAGCAGCCUCCUGGGAGAGAAGUUCAUCCACAGCGGGGAAGUGGUCAAACUGCCGCUGGAGUUUGUGCGACAGCUGUCGAUCAGAGUUCAGCAUCAGAGACCAGCAUGGCGUUGUGAUAAGGUGAUGGACAUCUACAGUGGCUGUGCUCUCUGUCUGCCCAACCUGACGUCUCCAGCUCUUCACCAGCCAACACACACUCCUCCGCUCUGCAUCGAGAUCAAGCCCAAGUGUGGCUUCCUGCCGUCCUCCAAACACGUCAGCAAGGAUAUCAAGACCAAAGUGUGUCGCUUCUGUAUGCACCAGCACUACAAGGUGGCCAAUGGGAAGUGGAAGAGACGCAGUCUGUACUGUCCUCUCGACCUGUUCUCGGGGAACAAGCAGAGGAUGCACUUUGCCAUCAGACACCUCAUAGAAGAACCUCAGAACAACUUCAAAAUCUUCAAGGGCGGUCAGUGUAUCUACAGUAGUAAAGAAGGCAGUGACGACUCCAUGGACCUGAACUCUCUGCUGCAUCAUCUCAGACCGUACUUCCUGUACGGAAACAACAGAAUCAACAGUCACGUGACCGGCAAGGCCGUCGUGAACGACUUCAUCCAGGUGCUGGUGAACGCCCUGCUGAGCGGCGGAGGAGGAGAUGGAGGUGUGGUGACGGACAGAUGUGGAGAGGGGCGGAGCUUCUGUGAAGCCAGUCUUUUCAACAAGGAGAGGAUUCGCCAUGGCUCUCAGGGUCUACCCAGCGACAGUGUCUUGUCCAGGAUCCUUCAGACUCAGAUGUUGGACACGCUGGACAUCGAGGGGCUUCAUCCUUUGUAUCGCCGAGUGGAGCAACACCUGCAGGAUUUCCCCAAGGAGAGAACUCGUCUUCAGAUCGACGGGCCGUACAACCAGGCCUUCCUGGAGAAGCUGCAGAAAUGCCCGGCGGAGGACGACGGCUCUGUGGACUUCGCCGUCGCCAAGGUUCAUCAGUACCGCGUUGCCAUGACGGCCAAGGACUGCUCCAUCAUGGUGGCCCUGGUGCCCGGCCCCGAGGAGGAAGAAGAGGAGGAUGAAGGUCAGAGGUGGCUCAGAGACUUCCUCUCCUCCAGACCUCCUGCCUUCUCCUACUCCGUCUCCAUUUUGGAUCUGGAUCCAAAGCCGUUCGACGGGAUCCCUCGCCAGCUGCGUCUGGACCAGAGGAUCGUCUCCUGCUACUCCAGGACGGGCGCAGCGGCGCCGAAGGCCUCGCUGCCCCCGCCGCCGCCACCGUCCGCAGAGAGGGACGACUGCACUCUGCUCUUCCACCCGGUGUGAAGGCACCCCCACCCCCCCACCCCCCAUCCCCGAGCGGAGCCAAGGCGCCCCCUUGUGGGCAGACACUAUCUAAUGCCAAGCGAAGGCCUCCUCACAAUGAGGAGAGAGAGACAGAGAGAGAGAGAGAGAGACGCCACGUCGAUUCAAAAGUUCUAGAAUAUUUAAAGAGCAGAGCUGUUUAUUCACUGCAGCACUUUCUCCUCCACACUCGGCUCAUGACAGGAAUCGACCUCUGGUUCCUGUUGAUGCUCAGCCCAAAAAAGAAAACACAAAUCAGCGUAUGAAUCACCAGGCGUUUAAACGACUUCCAGAUUAUUUUCCUUAUGAGAUUCAAAGAGCAGUGGCGAUGUCUCACUCCUGUGCGGAGGCGAAUCCCACGGUCGCUGCUCGGCUCUGUCACGGCUCAUAUUUAUGAGAACUCGUCACGUCACCCGCUACGACCUCGGUUCUUUCUCUUGGUGACGAGGGUCGAGGUUGAAGGAUCGGUUCACAGUCAAGUCUUGAAAUUGUUGUCAGGCUCACGGAUUCACGUAGAAAUUGGUUUGAUCUUGCUGUGAUCAUUUCAACCGUCCGUCACGAGAUCGUCGCCUCACGCUCGUCCAACGUGACAAGGGGGAAGUUAAUGAGGCUUCAGCGUUUUUGAGAUGGUGUCUUAUCAAAUGAACAGAUGUCAACAGUCUUGUCAUACGACACAGCGGCAGAGGGAAAACAAAGAGGAAAUUUGUGUCUCAAAAGAAUUGAAACUAGUUUUUAAUCAUGUCCCACAGAAUUAAAUCCGUGUGGCAGCAGCUGAUGAGGGAGGAGUCAGGUCCUUCUUCCAUUCCACCUGUUGGCAGCUGAAGCUUUAUGAGCGACAGUGAUGGAUCGAUUACUCAAAACAUCUUGUGUGUUAUUAUGUGAAGUGUAUGGAAACAUGGUCUCAUAUGUUUGUGUCUCACUCUGACUCUGGUUGUGUCACGUGAAAGGAAACAUGAAGGUUUCAUUUUUAAAGAGGGUUAUGCUUAUGAUUAUUAUCAUAAAGAACAGCAGCCUCUCUUGUUUCAUGUAACCUUCCAGAGGUGCAGUAUUUUUUCAGUAUAAAUUUCCUCCUUUGUUUUUCCCUCUGUGCCAGAUUUUGUUCUAAAAAUAUCGACUCACUUCGUCUGGACACAAACUGCCGAAGCCUCACGUUCGAGUUGUGUGACGGUCAAAGUGAGGAAACCAACAUGGACGCUUGAGUGUCGUGAACUCGUCCUUUAACCUCCCGAUGGUCGGUUGUUAUGGAAACAAAACUUCUGGUUGACAAUUUUUUAUUUUAUUUUUAUAAACGUGAUGGGGUGAAAAUUGGGUUGUCAAGAUACGUGUGUGUGUGUGUGUGUGUGUGUGUGUGUGUGUGUGUGUGUGUGUGUGUGUGUGUGUGUGUGUGUGUGUGUGUGUGUGUGUGUGUGUGUGUGUGUGUGUGUGUGUGUGUGUGUGUGUGUGUGUGUGUGUGUGUGUGUGGGGGGGGGGGGGGGGUUCCAGGUUGUUUAGCCUCAGCGCGUUAACAGUUACCUUGGUUACAGCCACAGGAGGGAGGGAGGGAGGGGCGGAGUCUCAGCAGACGGUCGUAGCCGCUGAGACCUUUCCUGAUCCUGUGAUUGGAUGGUGGAAGUUUUUCAGUCUGAUGGAGAAUUUUCUGCUUCUCUCUGUCGUUUGUGGAUGGUCAGUCAGAACGUAACGUCAAAGCGACGACAUGAAUGGCUUUUUUUUUUCCUCCUUAAAAGUACACUAAACAAUUUUAUUAAUCCAGAAAAUAACCAGAUUAAUUGACGGUAAACGUUAGUUUCGGUGCUGCAGCGUUUUGUUUAGUCGCUAAACCUCCAUGAAGCAGAAGCAAUGACGUCACGACGGUGAUGCGACGUCCUCUUUGACUGAAGACUAAUAUGGCGAGAGCAGGGGCUGCUGGGUAACGGACGGAGCGUCGUGCUGCUGCCCUGCUGGUUGUUGUUGUGCCACAAGUGGCUUUUGUCGUGCGUUCGUCUAUUUAAUUUUUUUGUCCAUGUGCCUAAAUGUUCUGGUUGAACUGGAGGACUGUGUGUGUGUGUGUGUGUGUGUGUGUGUGUGUGUGUGUGUGUGUGUGUGUGUGUGUGUGUGUGUGUGUGUGUGUGUGUGUGUGUGUGUGUGUGUGUGUGUGUGUGUGUGUGUGUGUGUGUGUGUGUGUGUGUGUGUGUGUGUGUGUGUGUGUGUGUGUGUGUGUGUGUGUGUGUGGUGAUUCACUUUGUUACAGGCUGCGUUCACAGCUCAGAUCUCCAGUUCGUCUCCGUUCACGAUGACAUCAGAUCACGCGGAUGCAGCCUCGAACUCUCAGUACCUCCAAAUCCUGACGAUCCGAAAACCGAAGCGCAGCGAUGCGUUCAGGGGCGCUGGGAGGUUUCUGAGGACGGUGAUGUCAUCGGGUGGGUUGAGGCUUGUUGAGCUUGACCCCGUGACCACGCCGUCCUCUUGAACCAGCAGCGCUCGUCGAGGCUUCGGAUAAACUGGUAACACUUGACUUUAGUUCCUCUGUUUACAGCGUCCACUCUCCAGCCUCCGUCGGCCAAUCAGACGUCUGAAAAAACAAAUCACACUACGAGGCCGAAACCUCAGGCGGUGGAAAAACUCCUCCACACUCCACUCGGCCGUGUUCUCCCUGGAACCCUGUCAGGUGUUGUUGUCAAACGCUGAUGAAUCCAAAGAGAUUUUCAUGGCAACAAUCACAAACUCAGUUUGACCUUUGACCCUUCACAUCACGGCCACAUGUCGACGUCCGUCUGAGGUUUUGGAGAAGCGACAGGCUGGAGAGUGAACAGCAGUGAAAUGAACCAACCACUGAUUGUUCUGACUGUUGAAAUGAAGACGCGGUGAUGCAGCAGAGGCUCAUGGGAGUCGAGGGGGCGGCGGGUCGGGGGUCCGAGGUCUGGACACGAUCAGCAGCUGUUUGAGGCUCAAGCUGCGUUCAUGUCACGUGGGAUAAAUUCUUAUGUUUAUAAUUUAAAACAAUAUAAUACUAAACAUUAAAGUGACAUUCAGUGAUUGAUCUUCCACAACAGGCCGACGAGAAGCCUCUGGUUUUAUUUGUUUUGGUUCAGUUUAUUGGAGCAGAGUUUCAGGCGCUGUGUAACAAUGUUUCACUUGUUCUACAUGAACACAACAACGUUUCUAACACAAACUCAGGUUUGACUCUGUCGUGUCGACGUAGAACAAAGUGAAAAUCACUAACAAGAUAUCUUAUUUUAACGAGAUAUUUUGGUUUUCUAUCGUGUGCGACAACUAAAUGCGUCAAAUCCAGACGAGAGAAACUGGAACCUGAGACUUUUUGGCCUUUUUGCCAAAAUAAAACUGAAAAAUGUCACAAAAAAUUGUUUGCAGCUCUAAAAGAUAUUUUCUAUUUUUUCCCCAUACUUUACAGUAACUCCCACGUGAGAUGAACAUUUUCUUAAAGAUAAAUCACUGACGAGUUUGAGUUUCAACAUUAAACGUUCUGAAAGUUUUUCCAACAUCUCCAGAGACAAAGAAAAAAAAAAUCUGAUGAACAAAAGAUUUUUAACCCGUUUCCUAAACACAAACUGGAAAAAAAUAAAUCCAUUAUGGCGAACGCAAAUGUUACAUAUUGGAAAAUAAAUUCAAACAAACAUACCUGAUAUCAUUUUAAGAUUUUGUUGAGCUGUGUCCAGACCUCUGACCUCGCGGCGUCUAAUUGGCCCUCCGCCUCCAGCUGCUGCGUGCGGAGGCGUCGCAGCCCGGUGACGCCGACAGACUCCUAAUAACUUACGUGUGUGUAAAUAGCUGCGAGAAGAAAAACUAUUAGAGAGAAAUACAAAGGCGACUCUGCUGUUUGGCAUUUUGUAUUUAAAUUAUUUAUUUUUGUAGAUUUUGACCAACGAGCUCUGCUGUUACAGCCGUCACAGUCACGCUCUUUCUAUUGAAUAAAGAUUUCUAAGAGACUAAA